GUACUAUAUAAAUGAGACCCCAGUUCUAGCUACCUAGCUACCAUCUGAACAGUAUUCUUAGAUCUUUAUUUCUGAAAGGGAUCAGUUUUCCUCAGGUGCCAUGAAGGCACUAGUAGCUUUAAUAUUGCUUAUUCAGCUUCCAAUUCACAAAGCUGUACCAGCAACUCCCCCUGCUCCCUUGGGCUGUGAUGACCCAGAAUCUGAAGCAGCAGCUGAAUUUGCUGUGAAUUAUAUUAAUGGCCACAGUCACCACGGAUACAAGUUUGCCUUAAACAGAAUCGACAAUAUCCGCGUGCUACCCCAGGAGCUGAAUAAUGAAAUAGUGUUUCUUGAACUUGACUUAUUAGAGACCACAUGCCACAUUCUCAGCCCUACACCUCUUGCAAAUUGCACAGUAAGGAGCUUCACACAGCAUGCAGUUGAGGGUGACUGUGAUGUCAAACUGCAGAAGUUGGAUGGAAAGCUAUCUGUACUUGCUAGUAAAUGCCACUCACAUGCAGACUCAAGUGAAGAUGUUCUCCAACUCUGCCCUGACUGUCCACUGCUGGCAAGUUUAAAUAACACUGAGGUAUUAACAACUGUUACAGCUGCACUCAAUGACCACAACAGCAAAACUGCUGAUGCUUACCUCAGACUCCUUGAGAUUGGAAGAGCCAAAAUACAGUAUCACCCAGUGCAUAUUGUCUACGUUGAGUUUGCUGUGGCUGCCACGAACUGCUCAGCAGAAGCAGCUAAAGAUAAUGCGGAGGCUUGUCAACUGCUGCCUGACGAUCAGUCUAAUUUUGGUUUCUGCACAGCAACAAUGGCAACACAGCCCUCACAGAACCUCCAAGUGGACUGCCAGCUCUAUGGACAUCAGCCUGGAGUUACCUACUUUCAACCAGGUCAAGUUACAUCAGCAGGACUGGUGCCCAGUGUGGUACAAGGCUUCACAAAUCAUAAUCUCAGGCUUUCCCACAAUAGCCCUUUUGCAUCUGAAUCCAGCUCUUCAGAAUUUCCUACUUCCAUGCUCUCAGCAAAAUCUGUAGCAAAGAGAGCAGUUGCAGAGGUUGCUCAGCAUGACAAAGUACCUCGCCCAGUUGGCUUUGUGCCUCCUCCUCCUCCUCCUCCAUGCCCUGGGAAGAUUCGCCAUUUCAAGAUAUAGGCUGUGUUACAGACAUGGAAAUGCAUCUAACUGGAGGAACAGCGUGCAGCAGCAGCUUCAACACACAGACAACAACAUCAAGUGCAAAUAGGUGAGAAUGCUUGACUCUGAGCCCAAACGAGUUUUACCCUCUGGAGAGCAGAGCCAUGGCCAGGAUCUUGCAAAGGCCUGCUUCAAAAUAUAGGUGAUUACAAACACACAGCAGUUGUUUUCUCUACCUACAGGGAUGGUCUAGUUAAAAUGCAGAAAAUAUUGUUUCAAUGAAACUGUUGUAAGAGCUAUACAACAGUUGUAGCUUUGUGAUAGAAACACCACCUGAAAGGUUACUUCACAAUAAAAUGUUCAACAGAAA